CGCCGGAGGGGGAGCGGUUUUUCUUCGCAAUUUCUUUUCUUGUGCUUAAUGACAACCCUAAAAUUUCGGGCGAAUUCCUUCCUUCAUUCUUCUAGGAGAAGGAAACCCUCCAAAUCUUCGCCCCGUGAUUCCUUCUUUCUUUCCCUGAGGAAACCGAGACACUUGCUUCCGCGACCAUCUCCCGAUCGUGGCGCUCGGAGUAGGCUGGAAUGCCUUCCGCCGGUCUUCCUGUGAAUUCCUUCCCGUGAUUGUCCCGUGAGGUAAAGGUUGCAUUGUUUUUAAUGGAUUGCUUGAGAUUCAGGUGGAUCAUAUGGCCCAACUUAGUGACAAGUUCCAAUCUGUAGGUCAUUCUUCUAUGGAGAUGGGCUCACUUGAUGACAAGGACCUUGAAUUUGAAGAUGAGAGCCUUGUUAGUCCUGUGGGAGCUUCCAGAAAAACAUGUGCUUUGGAGACAGGUCCUGGUGGAUCAUUAGCAGACAUCUCAAAAAGAUGGACAGUUAAACAAGUAGGAAAUAGGUUACUUAAUAGCAUCCACAUUGUGAUAUUUCAGUCAAAGCUCAAUGUACUCUUGCUUUCUGGCCCAGUUGCCAUCUUGGUCCAUGCCUUGACUCAGAAUAGUGGAUGGGUCUUCUUUUUUAGCUUGUUGGGUAUAAUUCCACUGGCUGAGCGUUUGGGUUAUGCUACAGAGCAACUUGCAUUCUUCACUGGACCAACAGUCGGUGGCCUUUUAAAUGCCACAUUUGGCAAUGCAACGGAGAUGAUAAUAUCGAUAUAUGCACUGGAACAUGGAAUGGUCCGUGUUGUUCAACAAUCACUACUUGGUUCUAUCUUAUCAAAUAUGCUAUUGGUGCUUGGUUGUGCUUUCUUCUGUGGUGGUAUCUGUCACUACAAGAAGGAUCAGGUUUUCAACAAGGCAACAGCACUAGUGGAUUCUGGAUUGCUACUGAUGGCUGUAAUGGGCCUACUUUUUCCAGCAGUGCUUCAUUCUACUCAUACUGAGUUGCAGUAUGGAAAGUCAGAGAUGGCCCUUUCUAGGUUUAGCAGCUGCAUUAUGCUUGUGGCGUAUGCAUGCUAUCUCAUCUUUCAGCUUAAGAGUCAUAAUAAUCUUUAUGCUCCUAUUGAUGAGGAAGGAGGUCAGAGUGAAGAAGAGUCAGAGGAAGAAGAUGUUCCAGAGAUCACACCAUCUGAAGCUCUCAUUUGGCUUGGGAUUUUGACUCUUUGGGUUUCCUUUCUCUCAGGAUAUCUUGUUGAUGCCAUAGAGGGAGCUUCUGAAUCAUUGGGAAUGCCGAUCUCCUUUAUUAGUGUUAUCUUGCUGCCUAUUGUAGGUAAUGCUGCAGAGCAUGCAAGUGCCAUUAUGUUUGCUAUGAAAGACAAACUUGACAUUUCAUUGGGAGUUGCAAUUGGUUCGUCUACACAAAUAUCAAUGUUUGUGAUUCCUUUUUGUGUAGUUAUUGGAUGGUGCAUGGGACAGCCAAUGGACUUAAACUUCCAACUCUUUGAGACUGCUACACUUUUUAUGACUGUUCUAGUGGUGGCAUUCAUGCUUCAGGAGGGCACGUCAAAUUAUUUCAAAGGGCUGAUGCUUCUCCUCUGCUAUUUCAUAGUGUCCGCGAGCUUCUUUUUUCACGUGGAUCCUGCUAUUGGUACCUAGUUUCAUGGAGCGUCAGCAAGCUGCCUAUCUUCUAAAACAAUGGGCGUAAAGGUAGGCCUCCUGGAAAUUGGAAACCAAUGAGGUGACAUCAUGACAAGCCUGACCAAAUGUGAACUCUAGCAGCAUGAGUGAUAACAGCCCGGUUUUUCUUUGGGCAACCGAUUCAGAUUCAUUAUUGCAUUGUAUAUAUUCUGAUUCAAAUGCUGAUGUAAACUCGGGCAAGAUGCAGUAGUAAUAUACAAGAGAACCCUGUUCUUUGAGUAGAGCAGAGGGCAGCCAACACCUAAUUCUAGGGGAGAACAGAAGAGAGAGUCCACAUCUCUGGUAGACGCAGAAGGGAAAAUUUCACAUAUCAGCUGUGUUAAGUAUACUCAUCGAGGCUUCUGAGCAUAUUAUAGUAUAAAACAUUCUUUUAAUGUAUAGUACUAAAUAUAUAAGAAUGUGAUUAAUUUCUGUUUUCCUCCAUGGAGAACAGUUCAUUUUGGUAUAAAAGU